AUGCUGAAUGCUCAUCGUCCACCCAGCAAUGUCUCUCGCCCCAGCCAGCGCACGCCCUUCUCAAGCGUCGACAGCAAUGCUGUUGACGAGGACGCAUUGUCCAAGUUGAUGAUGUCGAAGGCCGUCAUUUCGGCCCAGCCAAAGGACGACAACGGGACGGCUCGUAUUGACAAUGCUUCCGACGCCGUUUACGAAGACCCCAAUGUCGACCCAACGGUCGAGAAUGCGGUCGUUGACUGGUCCGAGGAAAGGAAAGGGUUAGACAAUCUUUUCCUCGAACAAGCGAAGGCCAAGCUGAAUCUCGAGAGCUUGCCUGAUUUCGAAAGGCCCAUUGGAUUCAAGCCUUCCGUCGAAUUUUUUGACCAUCAAAAAGAUGGUAUUCGUUGGCUGGUGGAAACCGAACGAAAUCCCUCACCAAAUCCAUUCAUGUUCAGCAAGAAUUUUUUCAAGACGGGAAAAAGCAUUAUAUGUGAUGCAAUCACGUUGAAGAAGCUGGAGACUCCCCACCCACCAGUGAAAGGUUCCAUUCUAGCCGACGAAAUGGGGCUUGGAAAGACCCUCCAAUCGCUUGGGCUGAUUUUGUCUAAUCCCCCGAAGGGCCACGUUUACGGCAAUGUUGGCGGCUCCGAGGCAACUGGUGAUAUCUGCACUUUGAUUUUGUGCCCAAAAGGCGUGAUCUCUGCAUGGACUCAAGAGAUAAAGAAGUGCGUGGUUCCAGGAACCCUCCGUGUCGAGACGUAUGACGGAAGCCGAACUCGUAAAGCCAGAUCGAAAACAAUUGAAAAAGUCCAACGAAAGGAAGUGGACAUUUUGCUUUGCUCGUACGACACAGCCGGCUCUGCAUUCGAAAAUCCCAACACCGACAACAAAGGCAAUUGGCUGUUGGAUAUACAUUCGAAGGGGUUCCACCGCGUCAUUUUCGAUGAAGCCCACGAGGUCCGAAACCGCGCCUCGAAGAAAUUCAAGGCCGCAGCAGCCAUUGCGAAGGCAUCCGAGUUCAGGCUAGUUUUAACCGGUACACCCCUGGUCAACAAACCAGAUGACGUCCAGCCGUUCCUUGACCUGGUUGACUUAAAGCCAUUGAAUAACCCCAGCAUAUUCAAAAAGGAAAUCACUGACCGAAUUAAACACCGGCAGAUGCGGGGAAUGACCAAGCUGCGCCGGGCCCUCGGCUUUGUUACUCUCAGAAGGACCAAAGAUGGUUUGGAUCUCGGAAACAUUGUUCCGAAGACUGUGCAUAUUAGCAGAGUAGAAUUCGUCCAGGGGGAACACAAGGAUGUCCAUGACACUCUUUAUCGAGUGACAAAAAGCCUCUAUGAAGCCUUGGUGAAAGGAAAGAGGGCCGGGACAACAUCGACGCGUACAGCUUGGGGGCGUGUCUUCGAAAUGGCCUUGAGAGUCCGUCAGAGCUGCAACGCCUUGGUGCCUUCAGAGGAAUACCAAGAAUCUUGUGAAUUGUUGGCCAAGAUCACUGCUGAUGACGGGAGUUUACUCGAGAUCACGGCAGAGGAGGCGACUGCUUUGCUGGAUCAUUCAGAUGAAUCCAAUGGCAAUGAUUCAGAUGGCAGCGUCCAAGGGAACCCCGCAUCGUUUCCCGAUUCACCCAAGAUAAUUGCCUUAUUGAAGUCCAUCAAAUCGAUGCAACCGGAUGAAAAGGCAGUGAUUUUUUCCCAGUGGACAGGUCACUUGGACCUUAUCGAAAGUGCCCUCAAGAGAGAAGGACACAAAGUGGCAAGAAUCGACGGAAACAAGUCCUUGGAAGAACGGGAAGCUGCCAUUGAGACAUUGUCGACUGACAAGACCGUCCGGUUCAUGGUGUGUUCUAUCAAGGCCGCCGGAGUUGGCAUUACCCUGAAUGCUGCCAAUGUAGUUUUCAUCAUGGAUCCAUGGUGGAAUGAAGCACAGGAAAACCAGGCAAUUGAUCGAUGCCACAGGUUUGGGCAGACAAAACCUGUUCGUGUCUUUCGGUUUGUCAUGAAAGGGACCAUUGAAGAAAAGCUCGUGGAGACUUUUCAGCAGAAGAAAGCGACCCUCGCAAAGGGAGCUUUGACACGCCUCAGUAAAGCGGAAGCAAAACGCGCCGAGAUGGCGACAAUGAUGGAUCUCUUUGACAUUGAUGCGGAGGAUUCUGAGAUGGAGUGGAUUGUUGACGAUGAUGAGUACUUCUGA